ACUCAUCCGUAAGCGAGAUCGUAUUGAUGGUAUAGUGGUUAUUUAGGCCAUCUGUGGUAUAAUGGGUCCGCAUAACCGAUGAGGAUAAGGCGCUGAGCAGAGUAUGGCUUGUUACAUUGAUCAUCAGUUGUUUCACUUUUUGGAGGGACAACUUCCGCAUAUUCGUCGCCGUUUUGUUUAUGGUCUAGGAAAUGCAUUAGUGAAUAAGAUAUGGUCCGGUCACUACUCACUUCAACAACGUAUAAUUCGGAUGCGUGAGGAGCAACUAGCUUUGGAACGAGCUCUAUAUCAUAGUCGCCGCAAUUAUCUGAGCACACUGCAACAAGAUGCUCAGAUAGAAGAGAAGAUGCUUGAACACGACAACUACAUUGCUACUGUUUUGGAUGAUUAUUUUAAACGACAGCAACGCGCUCUCACGGAAAUGCUGAUUCCGGGUUUUUCUGUCACGGACAAUCCCUUCGAAAUUGAAAUCCAAAUGUUGAUUCUAGAAUUCAUGCUGCAAGUACGACUUCCCGAGCCUUACACAAGCGCACAGUCGCAAGGAUCUGCAGUGCCUAUUGUAUAUGUGCAGUUAUCGUAGCAAUACUUUAUUUGUUCUAGGCUUGACAGAGCGAGCUUCACAUCAUCAUAAGACUUCACACUCGGGUGCGCCUAAUGCUUUCAUUUCUUUUUUGUUGAUACGUUGUUCUACUUUCUAGCUUUUGACAAUAAAUUGGUUAAUG